AUCGUCUUUAUAAGAAAGCCUACCAGUACUGCGAGCACUUUUUAGCAUCUUUGCCAACUGGUUGAUCGGACAGUGCAGAAAAGCUAUGAAGUUGUUGAUUGCUGUCUUGGCGUACAUCAUUGUGGGCGCAAUUGCUCAAAGAUUAAAGAAGGAGAAAGAUAUUUGCUUGCAUGCUCACAAUGCAUUGCGAGCAUUACAUCACGAGACUGGUACAUUGAGAUGGGAUGAAGAGCUAGCACGUGGAGCCGAGCAAUGGGCAAUGAAAUUGGCAAGAGAAGGUGGACUCAGGCACUCCAGAGGAAACUAUGGUGAAAACCUGUAUGCAGCCUGGGGGCAGUCAGCCAGUUGUGCAAAGGCAACCUUGGCUUGGUAUAAUGAAAUACAGCACUACGAUUUCAAUCGUGGUGGUUUUAGCUCAAGGACCGGUCAUUUCACACAAGUCGUGUGGAAAGGAAGCACUCACCUUGGCGUCGGCAUAGCAACAAGUGGCAAUAAGAUAGUUGUUGUCGCAAGGUAUUCUCCAGCUGGAAAUUUUGGAAGAAGAUAUCGUGAAAAUGUUUUACGUCAAAAACCUGGAGCAAGAGUACCAGGACUUAGUGAGUUGGAAAAUGGAUCCACUGGUGGACCAGAACCACCUGUCACUGAAGGACCAGGACCCAUGCCGCCUCCAACGGAAGGACCAGGGCCAGGGCCAGAGCCGCCUUCAACGGAAGGACCAGGGCCAGGGCCAGAGCCGCCUUCAAAUCUUUGCCUGCAUGCACACAAUAUCCUGAGAGCACUGCACCAAAACACAGGCCCAAUGACAUGGGAUGACGAGUUGGCACGUGGUUCGAAAGAAUGGGCAAUGAAGUUAGCGGGAGAAAAUGGGUUGAGACAUUCCAGAGGAAACUAUGGCGAAAAUCUUUACGCAGCCUGGGGACAGACAGCUAACUGUGCCAAAGCAACUCUUGCUUGGUACAACGAAAUAAAAGACUACAAUUUCAACAGAGGAGGUUACCAAUCAGGAACAGGCCAUUUCACGCAACUCGUUUGGAAAGGAAGCACACGACUUGGUGCUGCUGUUGUUCAAAGAGGGAACAUUGUGGUUGUUGUUGCUAGAUAUGCACCUGCUGGCAACUUCAUUAGUAGAUUCGGAGAAAAUGUCUUCCGGCAAAAAGUUGGAGUGACAGUACCUUCGCUCAGAGAAAUAGAAAGUGGCAUUACACCCCCUUCCACCAAUAGGCCACAGCCACCAAAGCCACCUACAGAAAGACCACUUCCUCCAACAGACAGACCACUUCCUCCAACCGAGAGACCACUUCCCCCAACCGAGAGACCGUUGCCUCCAACUAAUCCACCGCAACCUUCGUCUAAUCUUUGCUUGCAUGCACACAAUGUCUUGAGAGCACUGCACCAGAACACAGGCCCGAUGACAUGGGAUGACGAGCUGGCACGUGGUUCGAAAGAAUGGGCAAUGAAGUUAGCGGGAGAAAAUGGGCUCAGACACUCUAGAGGAAACUAUGGCGAAAACCUUUACGCAGCCUGGGGACAGACAGCUAACUGUGCCAAAGCAACUCUUGCUUGGUACAACGAAAUAAAAGACUACAAUUUCAACAGAGGAGGUUACCAAUCAGGAACAGGUCAUUUCACGCAACUUGUUUGGAAAGGAAGCACACGACUUGGUGCUGCUGUUGUACAAAGAGGGAACAUUGUGGUUGUUGUUGCUAGAUAUGCACCUGCUGGCAACUUCAUGAGUAGAUUCGGAGAAAAUGUCUUCCGGCAAAAGUUUGGAGCGAGAGUUCCUUCUCUCCGUGAACUUGAAAGUGGAGUUACAGCUCCUGCUACCGACGGGCCACGUCCUCCUGUUCCAGCUACCGAGCAGCCCCUCCCACCUUCUAAUUGCAGGGACAACUCAAGCCGCUGCCGUUAUUUUAGGAGGAAAUGCAGAUAUAGUAACUGGAUUCGUAAUCGAUGCAAAAAGACGUGCAAUGUCUGCUGAACUGCGAUACAAACUGAGAUUUGCUACUACUUGUAAACUAGUCAACACAAAGCAAAAGAGCCUGCAAUAUUUCAUUUGUUUUUUCUUCAUAUCCUCUACUAAUAGUAGAAAAUAUUUGUUAAAACCAGUAGAAGAGAUCCUUAAGAU